CCUCUUUCCUGAGCCGUUAGCCAAUAGCAUCUCAACUCCGCGAAACGGGAAAAUUAGGGUUUUUAUUUUCAGUUCAACAAAGAUCCAUAGAUCCAAAUUCAUUCUAAAAUUGCAAAACCCUAAAUCAUCAAAUUCUUCUAUAUACUCAAUUUCUUGCUUCAAUUGGAGGAUAAACGAGUUUCGUGCUUCGUCGGAACCCUAAUUUACUUCUCAGAUCGAGAAAUAAUGAAUUAUUCAUGUGCUGGGCACUAAUUGAUGGAUCCGGACAGCAAGACGUUUGGAAGAGGGCCAAGAGAACUUACAGGUGCUGUGGAUCUUAUCACUCACUUCAAGUUGUUGGCUCAUCACGAGUUCUUCUGCAAGAAACCUCUUUCAUUGUCAAUUUCAGAUACACAUUAUCUUCACAAUGUGGUGGGAGACACAGAAAUUAGGAAAGGGGAAGGAAUGCAGUUGGAUCAGCUUAUACAGGAUACUUCGUCUUCAAAAGAGUCAAAUUCACGCAUCCAAUCAUUCGACUUAGAUGUUCUUAGGGAAGCUUUUCAACUACGUGAAACAGCUCCAAUUGAUCUGCCUCCUUCUGAGAAAGGAAUUCCCACUGUAGCUGGAAAGUCUAAAAGUGAGUUGAAAGACAAGGAUAAGAAGCAUAAAAAGCACAAGGAUAAAGACAAGGAGAAGGACAAAGAGCAUAGGAAGCACAAACACCGUCAUAAAGAUCGAAGUAAAGACAAGGAUAAAGAGAAAAAGAAAGAUAAAACUGGGCAUCAUGAUUCUGGUGCUGACCAUUCAAAAAAACAUCACGAAAAGAAAAGGAAGCAUGAUGGUGAGGAGGAUGCUAAUAAUGUUCACAAACACAAGAGAAACAAGCACAAGAGCUCAAAAAUUGACGAAAUUGGUGCAAUAAGGGUUGCAGGCUGAAGUUUUGGCAUGUGCUACUUUAAUUAUUGUCCUCAGGUGUUGCAGUUAAGAAUUUGGAGGGAUCCUUUGCUUACUUUUGUGAAAUAUCUGAGAAUAGCUCUGGACUAAUUAAAGAAUGCCAAGAGGGUGAAUUCACCUGUUGAAGUAGAUUUUAGUGAAAGGUACAAACUGCUGAAAAAGAACCUCAUUGUAUCAUAUUAAAAGGGCUUCUUUAGUUGGCAAUGACAUUGAAAACCUUGAUCCAUUCUUUUGGUUGUCUUGCCUUGUGAUGAUUAAUUAUUCUUUAAGUCCUUCCCCUUCUUUCA